UCAGUAGAGUAUUCAGGGAGAGCAUCAGUAGAGUAUUCAGGGAGAGCAUCAGUAGAGUAUUUAGGGAGAGCAUCAGUAGAGUAUUCAGGGAGAGAAUCAGUAGAGUAUUUAGGGAGAGCAUCGGUAGAGUAUUUAGGGAGAGCAUCGGUAGAGUAUUUAGGGAGAGCAUCAGUAGAGUAUUCAGGGAGAGCAUCAGUAGAGUAUUUAGGGAGAGCAUCGGUAGACUAUUCAGGGAAAGCAUCGGUAGAGUAUUUAGGGAGAGCAUCGGUAGAGUAUUUAGGGAGAGAAUCAGUAGACUAUUCAGGGAGAGCAUCGGUAGAGUAUUUAGGGAGAGCAUCAGUAGACUAUUCAGGGAGAGCAUCAGUAGAGUAUUUAGGGAGAGCAUCAGUAGAGUAUUUAGGGAGAGGGCCAUUGGGUCAUACCCUCUCCCUUGGGUCUGUGAUAAUUUAG